AACAAUGAAUUUUUUAGUGUUCUGUAGUUCAUAUCAAUAACUUCCUUCAUACUUCAUAAUUUUGAUGGGACUGAUUAUAUUGGAGGCAUAUUCGCAGAUUAGCUUGGUUAGUGUUGGAUACAAAAAUUAAAAUUCUCAAACAAAAUGAUCCCGGCAUGUUAUGGAAUAGCAUUAUACGAUUUUUAAAGUGUAAUAUUGAGUAUUUCAGAAUUGACCCAAGUGGUAAGAAACAGCAAAAAUAUUUAAAUUGAAAAAUAGCGAACCUUGAAAGAAAUUACUGUCAAGUCCUAAGAUACACUUCCUGAUGGAAAUAUAUAAUGGUGAUCCAUAGGGCGCUUUUUACUUGGUUUAUACUAUUGGUAUUCUUUAUCCUAUUAUGUCUACGUCUAGAGGGGAGGAUACAUUGGAACUGGUUCCUAAUCUUCCUGCCUAUGUGGAUCUAUGACGUUAUUUUAACCAUUGAAGCACUAUUUCAAAUAUCUAUUCGAUGUAAACAUGAACAUUUUAAGUCCGGUAUCAAAAAUAAGAAUACACUUUUAGUAGUUUUAGUUCUCUUGAAGAUAACGGCACAAAUUGUAUUAUGUCUGAAAAUGCAAUAUCAACAUCUGCAGAUACCUCUUUAUCAUGUAUUGUUACCUAUUUGGAUUCUUGUACCACUAUUGAUCAUUGAUUUGACUGUGAAACUAGUUAAAAACAGUUCUAGUAAUUAUUGAAAAAAGACUUUGAGUGACUACUGAAGGACUGUAUAAAACUAUUGUAUUUCAGAUCUGGAAAAAUGUAUUCCGGUAGUGACUCCACUGAAUCAGCCAACUAUGGCCAGUGGCCCUUAAACCCAGCUUUUUUUCAAAACAUGCCUAAUGAACAAGUGGAUUGGGCAGCUUUAGCUCAACAAUGGAUUCAAAUGAAAGAAGCAGGACCACCAAUUCCUGAACCAAAACCACCCAAUAAUAUUUCAGAAGUCAAAGACAUUCCUCAAGUACAAAAAAAAAUAUUACCACCUAUCAAUUCUGAAGAUAAUGUUGCAAACUCAUCAUGGAACAGUGCUCCAAAUUCUGUGGAGCCUUAUGAUAGUUCUUGGAAUUGGAAAGCUCAACCAAAUUGGGAGUGGGGUAAUCCUGCAUGGAAUCCUCCCCCAAAUACACCACAAGUUGUUAAUCCAUCUCCUAAGACUACAUUGUUACCAUUACCUAAAGGGUAUACAUCAGUAGAAGCACCGAAGGACAAUCCAAGUGUUUCUGUGGGCUACACUAGUGUGAAAAGUAAUGAUUUUGGUAGUAGUUAUAGUGGACAAUCUGCUUCUAAUCAUUCUCGAAAUUAUAAAGCUCAUAAUAGACGGUAUAGCAAAGUAAACAUACCUAAAGCAAGUACUCCAUCUCCUGUUAAUAUACCACUGGUUCCAGAGAGUGAAAGCAACAAUUUGGAUGCUAAUAAAAGGAAGCAGUUGCCUGCAUGGAUAAGAGAAGGAUUGGAAAAAAUGGAAAAAGACAAAUUAAAGCAAAUGGAGAAGGAAAAAGAAAAAGAAAAAUCAACUUCGGUGGAUGAUAAGCUGAAAGAAAUUGAAAAGGAGGCAAUGGAUAUGUUGAGAGAUACAAUUAGUGAAAGGAGAAGAAGUAAAUUUGAUAGUGAUGAAGAACAAAGCCCAAAACAGUUGGAGGAAAAGGAAGAACCAGAACCCUUAAAUCAUGAUGAGUUAAUUAUUUUAGUAAGACGAACAAUGACUGAAAUAUUGCUAAAAGUCACAAAUGAAUCGAUUCAUUCAAUUUGUACGGAUGAAAGACAAAGAUACAUUAAAAAAACACAGACCCUUGGUAAAGUUACUGGAAAGACUAAUGUUGAGGCUAAGCUUGGUUUGGGAAUGUAUGGUAGUGAUUCUGGCAGUGAAAGUGAUAACAGUGAUUCUUCUAGAAAAGAUUCAGAUGAUGAACUGAAAAACUCCAUUAGAAGGAGAAAAGCAGACUUUGUACACACAGAGAAAGGAAUUGAAGAUAAGUUACAACAAGCUGAAAAAGAAAAAGAUAACAAAAGGACAAAAGAUGAAGAUGAAGGAAGCUCUGAAAACCACAUCGAAGAAUACACUCCUGAACCAAAGAAAGAAGAAGGAAAUUCAAAAAGUAAGGAUACAAAUUCUAAACAUCGUCAAAGUUCUUCUCCAAGUUCAAAUGUAAGUGAUGAUGAGUCAAGUCAUCGAAGAUCUUCUUCCAGUAGGGAAUCGUCCAUAAGCAGAAAAAGAGGACAUAGGGAUAGAUCUGGAAUGAGAGGGUAUACUCCAGAAAAAAGGCGAAAACAUAAAACCAAAAGAUCCCGUUCAAGAUCUUAUGAGAGGAGGCAUUCUUCAGACUAUAAAUAUAAGAAAGAUAGGAAUCGCUCAGAUAGAAGUAGAAGGUCUCCAUCAAGAACAUCCAGAUCUUCAAGAAGGUCAAGAUCUAGGUCUUCUUCAUACAGAUCUAGAAGAUCUUCUGAUAGAAGUUCUAGGUCUAAAAGAAAACGUUCUAGGUCUCCCUUUUAUUCUAGAAGUUCAAAAAGGUCUCGGUCAAGAUCAUAUAUAAGAUCCUCUAGAAGGUAAUAAAUACAGAAAUUGAGGCAUCUGUAGAACUAUCUUGUUUUAAUUUAUUCUAUAUAGGUUUGUUGAAUUUUCCGAUCGAAGAUCAAUACUCCAGUUGUUUACUUUGAGUUUUCUAAUCUUUUCCAUAUUCAUGGAAAACUUGUAAAAAUUUUAUAUAAAGGUUCAUUUUUGUGGAAUAAUCUAGGUGUUGUUUUCUUAUACCAAUUUACAGUUCAAGUAUUUCAAAAGUUGUAUUGAAGUAUAAUAGUGAAGAUAAAAUAUUUUUGAAAUCUGCUUUGUCUCUUAUAAUUCAUAUAAGAAUGAGGAUCACAAAAAUUAUAUCGGACUCAAUGAUGUCAUUAUAAUGUUUCAGUCAACUUGGUAAUAAUACUUUAACAAAGUUAAUUGAUUGCUUGACUUUCUAACUUUGAUGUUCAAGAAGGGUUGCUUUGUAAAUUACUUUGUAGAUAAUUAUUAAUACUUAAUUGUAUCUGAAUUGUAUUGUAAAAUAUUGAAUGAAGACUUCUUUUGGCUUU